GGCGAGCGGCGACAGCCGUCUGGACGGCGACCGGGUCUCGAACUGCGGUCCCGCGCGGGUCUCGGGACCGGCGGGGUCUCCCGACUUGGGCUGUGAGAUACGUUAACCACGUCUAAAUACCGAGCGUCUGCACUUUAUCCCCGGGGACGCUUCCUCUUCGUUCUCCCCCCCAAGAAAGUUCGUGAAUUCGCCUCGGGCGAUGUCAGAUAUUGUUGUUGUUACAGAUCUUAUAGCAGUCGGUUUAAAGCGGGGAUCUGAUGAGCUUCUUUCUUCUGGUGUCAUUAACGGACCUUCUACCAUGAACAAUUCUACUUCUGCAGGUGUGUAUGCUAAUGGGAAUGACAACAAGAAAUUUAAAGGAGAUAGACCUCCCUGUUCGCCUUCCCGUGUUCUCCAUCUUCGAAAAAUUCCAUGUGAUGUCACCGAAGCAGAGGUCAUAUCAUUAGGUCUACCAUUUGGCAAAGUAACUAAUCUUUUGAUGUUGAAAGGAAAAAGCCAGGCCUUUUUAGAAAUGGCUUCUGAAGAAGCUGCUGUUACUAUGAUAAAUUAUUACACUCCUGUUACUCCUCAUCUUCGAAGUCAGCCUGUUUAUAUCCAGUAUUCCAAUCACCGAGAACUUAAGACUGACAAUCUACCUAAUCAGGCUAGAGCCCAAGCUGCACUGCAGGCUGUCAGUGCAGUCCAGUCAGGAAACCUGUCCCUUCCUGGAGCUACUUCCAAUGAAGGCACAUUGCUACCUGGGCAGAGCCCUGUGCUCCGGAUAAUUAUUGAAAACCUAUUUUACCCUGUCACUCUGGAAGUUCUCCAUCAGAUAUUUUCUAAAUUUGGCACGGUGUUGAAGAUUAUCACCUUCACAAAGAAUAAUCAGUUUCAAGCUUUGCUUCAGUAUGCCGACCCAGUGAAUGCACAGUAUGCCAAAAUGGCUCUGGAUGGUCAGAAUAUCUACAAUGCGUGCUGCACUCUCCGUAUUGACUUCUCCAAGCUCACCAGCCUUAAUGUGAAAUACAAUAAUGACAAGAGCAGAGACUUCACUCGCUUAGACCUUCCUACUGGUGAUGGCCAGCCAUCUCUUGAACCUCCUAUGGCUGCUGCUUUUGGUGCACCAGGUAUAAUGUCCUCUCCAUAUGCAGGGGCUGCUGGAUUUGCCCCAGCCAUCGCAUUUCCUCAAGCAGCAGGUCUGUCUGUCCCAGCUGUUCCUGGAGCCCUUGGUCCUCUCACACUUACCUCCUCUGCUGUCAGUGGAAGGAUGGCCAUUCCUGGGGCAAGUGGUAUGCCAGGGAAUUCUGUUCUGCUGGUCACCAACCUCAAUCCUGACUUUAUCACACCACAUGGGCUUUUUAUCCUAUUUGGAGUGUAUGGCGAUGUGCAUCGAGUGAAGAUUAUGUUUAACAAGAAAGAAAAUGCCUUGGUGCAGAUGGCGGAUGCGAGUCAAGCCCAGCUAGCAAUGAACCACCUAAGUGGUCAGAGGCUCUAUGGAAAAGUACUUCGGGCUACACUGUCCAAACAUCAAGCCGUCCAGCUCCCUAGAGAGGGACAAGAAGACCAAGGUCUGACCAAGGACUUCAGCAAUAGUCCCCUGCAUCGCUUUAAAAAGCCUGGCUCAAAGAAUUUCCAAAAUAUCUUCCCUCCGUCAGCCACCCUGCAUCUUUCCAACAUUCCUCCUUCUGUUACAAUGGAUGAUCUGAAGAACCUGUUCACAGAAGCUGGAUGUUCAGUGAAGGCUUUUAAGUUCUUUCAGAAAGACCGUAAGAUGGCUCUCAUUCAGUUGGGAUCUGUGGAAGAAGCAAUCCAGGCCCUUAUUGAGCUUCACAAUCAUGAUCUUGGAGAAAAUCACCAUCUCAGAGUUUCCUUCUCCAAAUCCACCAUCUGAUCUCUGUGGCACUUCUCCUCAUACGGACCAUAAUUUCUAUAAAACCUUCAGGCACAGACUGAAGCAGCUCAAGACCAAUUCUGCCUCUUUCACAAAAGUAACUCUUUGGGAGUUUGAUUGAUAUUCAAGUACAUUCAAAACAAGAAAUAUUUCUUUUUUUUCCUCUCAUUUUCCCCAACAGUGUAUGAUCAAAAGUUUGCUUUGCCUUUGUAUUGUGGUUUCUAUGAAAAUAACUUUCAGGAAAAAAAUAUCAGGAAAAUAUUUUUUAAAUAAUUUAAUUCCCUGAAUUAGAUUUCAAAAGAACAGAGUUUCUUUAUGUUUGGGUCCAAAUCAGCCUUACAUGACAUUUCUAAACUCCUUUGUACUUUGAAGAAUUUAAACAUACAGACUUUUACAAUUUCUUGAUGUAAUUUAAAUCACCUACAACCAAGUUUUUUUUAACUUUAUGAUUCAGAAGUUUCCCUGUAGAAAAUGACAUUCAUUCACUUAUAAAAAUUAUACCAGAUAUUUGCAUCUCUUGAUAGUUAUUAUACAUAACCACAUGGAGUUAUAUUGGAAACAGGUUUAUAAACAUGCAUGCUCUCUUUCAGAUUUCUUUUUUCCCCCCACUGUAUUACACUCCUUUGAAUAAUGCAUAUCUUCUCUUUUUGAGACUAUUUGGAAAAGCGAAGUUGUUGCAAUUGUCCCCAGGGAAAUAGAAGUGAAAUUCAGCCUAGAUCUAUUACAAUAUCAGCAUAAUUAGUCAUUUUAGAAAAAAAAUCAUGUUUUAAAUUUCAAAAUGACAUUUGUCUAGUAAUGUAAUGUGAUCUUAGAAAGUUUUAAAAGAAAAAUAAUCCUACCUUUUUAUAAUUGUUUUCAGAAAAAAAGUUUACAGUCUUAAGGAAAAAUAUUCAGGUCUAUCAUAUGGUUUGACAGAUUUUUUAAAAGUUAUUUUUGGUAAGGUCUUCUUUUAGAAAAAAAAUCUCAAGGGUUUUUUGUACCACUAUAAUCUCUAAUACUCAGAAUUACUGUGUAUUUACUUAAUUUCUUAUGUGCCUUAUUAUGUGCUUAAGAUAUAAUAGAUUAGAAUUUUAUCUAAAUAUCUAGAAAGAAAAAUUGUGGGCUUGGUGAGCAUUGUUAUUUUUUUUCCCUGUCUUGGAUUUUAAGGGUUUUGGUUGUUUUUGUUUUGUUUUUCUUUUUUCAUCGCAAUUUUAAGUGGUUUUCAAUAAGUAAUAGUUUCUAUUCAGAUUUUUGGUGCUUUGGGAUAUUGGUGGGAUAGAGAAGGGUGAGUGGUUUGGGAAUAAAUAACUCAGUGUACACCUGUAGGCCUCUAUAGGUUGGUUACCGCCAGCUGUCAGUGAAGUCGGAGCUGUAGAAGUGCAGCCUUGAAUCUGUGUCUGUCUGACCUUUACUGCCUGUUAGAAUUUGUCUCAGGAUUACUUGAUUCUUUCUCAGCACUCAAGUGAGAACUUGAUUUUCUUUGUUAAUGCAACUUCAUUACAGAUAGCCCACAUAUUUGGAGUAUGAGAAAGUGGGUUAUUUUUUUAUAUUCUGACCCUCUUACUUUUUUGGUUGAAUGUAAAAAGUACAUAUUAAUGUUGCUUCAAUGAUUGUGUCAUGUAAAAUUAUUCUUUUUAAUAUGAAGCUACUUUUGUUAGUUAUUUCUUCAAUGCUUGAUUGGGUUUUUAAAAUACAGAAUUUGUCAGAGGGAUCAAUUUUGUCCACCCCUUCUCACUUUUAACAGUUUCAGAGUGGAUCAUCUCAUCUUUCUAAAAUUAUCUCAGUCUUUACUUUCAGCCAUUAAUUUUUUUUUUUUUUUAAAGAAAGGAAGAAACUUUGUAUAGAAGCUGAAAGAGAUAGUUAUAGGUUGGUUAAAGUCAAAUCAGAAUACCCUCAGUACAAAGCAGCCGUUGGUAGGCUGGGACAUUUCAGACUGGUCACCCUUCAUGUUGGUUGAAUAGUUAGGUGUGAUGAUUUUCCAGUGGGUGUUUUUAAGAUGUAUUUUCACCUGAAUACUGAAUAAGGGAGGGAAAAAAUUCAGGACUGUCUCCCCAAAUUUGCUUUUUUUUUUUCUCACACAGACAUUAUAUUAAUUUUCAGUGGCAUUUUAAAUUGGAUUGCUUCCUUUAGUUUGAGAUGGGAACUACUAUAUAAUUUAUUAAUUCAUGGCACUCAUAACAUCCAGCAUAAGUGUAGCAAAAGUUAUUGAGAACAGAAGGAAAAUCAUACUUGUGUUGAAUGUAAUUCUAAAGUAGGGAUGGCCUUUAAAUAUGAGAGAGAACAUUGAAAUCCUUUUCAGGGAUUUGUGUAGAUAUGUGUGCGUGUGUAUGUGUGUGUAUAAAUAAGUGUAUAUACAUACAUAUACUCUUUUAAUGUUAUAUAUACAUAUGCACAUUACAUACAUUUUAAUUUAUUGACAAAAUUAACAAUGAUUUGGGAACGUAAGAUAUGCUUGUUUUAAAAGAGCAUGUUUGAAACCAUCAGAUUGUGUCUAAAAUUAGCUGUAGCAUAUGGAUACUGUCCAUAUUUGAUCUCUUUACUGUUUGAAUUAUAGAGGUCUACAGUAUUUGUGUUGGCAUAGUUUUAAUUGUCAGGGUGGUGGAAAAAUUCGAUCUGUGUAUUUUUAUUUUGGCAUGCGCUUAUUUGGUAUCUUUUAAGCAGUGGUUUAUUUGUGCUGGUAAUGCCUUGCUGAGUUAAUCUACUUUAUUUCUCACUUUUCAAGGUAUCCUAACUUUUACAAAGCAUAUAUAUUCAGGACUUAAGAAAAUAGCAGUACACAAUAGCAUUGUAUAUCAAGAUGUUUUACUUUGGGAUUUAGAUAUGUUUUGUGACAGAUGAGAAUAUACAAAUCAUGCAUUCUCUUGACAAUUUGUUAGAAUUUCAGGAUUACCUGGUAUCCCCAUAGAAUGUCAUGAGAUCUUUGGGACUAAAUACUAGAAGCAGUUCUUCGUAGCAGUGUUUGCACUGAGUGUUUUAGAGUCACGGUUCCUUUGUCCUUUCCUACUGUGGUGAUUAAGGGUCCUGUUGUGGUUUUGGAAUAGCCCUUAUGACCCAGGCAAUAGUAGCACCCAGCUACAACUGAAGCACUGGAGGAAGCUGUUGGUUGUGACUUUAAACCCAGCCUGGACUGCAGACCAUGCUCCAUGCUAGUCUUGCUGUUACAUAAGACCCUGUGUCCUCCCUUCCCCCAGUUAAUCUGCCAUCAACUUUAAAGUCUUCAUGUAAUCAGGCAGAGCAUUCACUUGAGUAUAGAUUUUG